UCUGACAAGCUUUUUUGCAGCAAGGAGGACAGUGAAGGCUCUGAAGAUGUGUCGUAUCUUUGCAAGUUGUGCUCUAGCAGCGCUGCUGCUGGCUGUAGUUUGGGCAGAUCACCAUCACCACCAUGACUCAAAACACAGCCAUGAGGGUGAAAUGGCCUGCCAUGUUCUCUCCCCUCAUAACGCCGACUUUGCCUUUACUGUCUACAAACAUCUGAAUGCCAAGGCUGCUGAUGGGAAGAACAUCUUCUAUUCACCACUGGGCAUCUCCACAGCUCUGUCUAUGUUGUCUGUAGGGGCCCGCGGUGACACCCACACCCAGCUGUUCUCAAGCUUGGGAUACAGCACCCUGAACCAGGCACGGGUCAAUGAAGCCUAUGAGCACGCUUUCCACAUGCUCAACCACAGCCAGGAGAACCAGCUGCUGGAAGUUGGUAACUCUGUUGCUGUACGUACUGGUUUCAAUCCUCUGCCAGCUUUUCUGAAUGAUAUCCAGCACUACUACACUGGUGAGGUCUUCAAUGUGGACUUUGAGAAACCCGAUGAGGCAAAAGAACAGAUCAACCAACACAUUGCCACUAAAACCCAUGAUAAGAUCAAGGAUAUGAUGAAGGACUUGGACCCUCAGAUGGCCAUGAUCCUGAUCAAUUGGGUCUACUUUAGAGGACAGUGGGAGAAACCCUUCAAUGGCAACCUAACAACCAAGGGUGACUUCCAUGUGGAUGAAAACACCAAAGUUGAGGUCGACAUGAUGAAAAAGACAGGACGUUUUGAUUACUAUCGGGACCACAACAACUAUGUGACUGUCAUCCUGCUGCCCUACAAGGGCAACACCUCCAUGAUGAUUGUCCUGCCUGAUGUAGGAAAUAUGAAAGAAGUGGAAGGUCUCAUCAGCAAGGAUCACAUCAGGAACUGGCAUAAAUCUCUCUAUAAGAACAACAUAAAUCUUUCCAUGCCAAAAUUUUCCAUCUCCACUGAAGCCUCUCUGGAUGAGACCCUGAAGGAAAUGGGAAUAACCAAUGCUUUUGGAGAGACGGCAGACUUCUCUGGCAUAUCUGAAGAGGUCAAGCUUAAAGUGUCAAAGGCCUCCCACAAGGCUGUGCUGAGUGUGGAUGAAACUGGCACUGAGGCAGCAGCUGUCACCACCCUUGAAAUCAUGCCCAUGAGCUUGCCUGAAAGUAUAACAUUGAACAGGCCCUUCCUGCUCUUCAUCCUGGAACACUCGACAAGGAGCAUUCUCUUCAUGGGCAAGAUCAGCAACCCCACAGCCUAGAAAAGUUGACUGAUGAGUGUACUGUUAUCACAGCUUUUAUGCCGCAGUAAGUUUCAGUAGCUUUGGGACAUUUACUUCAUCAUCUGAAACCAUUAUUGUGGCAUAACCAUGAUUUUAGGUGCAUCGAAAAAGACAAUAAACUAUUUUUCAAGAAACGCAAAGUUGGUCCAUUAAUCUGUCUGUCAGCAUGAUACAUCUGCAGCCAUUUAUGAUGCGCUUUGGUUAAUAAAUGUCUUCAUCAGUCAUUUUGGAUUAUACUCCCAUUAACUGUUUUCUCAGGAUAGAGAUAAUGACUAAAACAUUUGCCCUCUGAAGCAUCUAUUGGCGUGAAGUCUAUUGGUUAUUGUACUAUUGCUGGUAACAGAAAUAAAGACUUGUAAUACAACAA